AUGACUUCCUACGAAUGGCUGGACUUGGGUAUACAGUAUGUAUCAGAGUCUGUCUUUAUGAAACUGUGUUACAAAGUGGGGUCCUCAGAGCAGGUGAUUAUGAGGAGAGAGUUGGUGGACUUCAGGGAAAUGAUGAUAAAUCAAGUAAUAAAAAUGAGAGAAGAAGACAGGAUAGUGACUAGUGGGAGUCACAGAGAAGGAUUCAGGCUAGAGGGAUCGGAUGUGGACUUAAUGAUUUGGCCAAAUGACCACAUCGUUAUAUGGGACUUAAACCAGGCUCAGAUGUAUGACUUAAAUAAAAAAUCACUUGUUCUCUGUGAUUGUUUUGAUAGCCCAUCAGGAUUUGCUUUACUUGAAUUACUGACACCAACACACAGGGAAAGUUUAAAAUAUGCAUGUAUGAGAAUAAAUGACAGACUCUACAUAUCCAGUUCCAAAUACAGACAGAUCACAUGUUCCGCAGGUUUUCCUAAUUCUAAGGAACAUGGUCCAUGUGGUAGUUGUGUAUUAGGGGGAAAAGAAUAUGACAACGCCCAUUGUCUUGUCUGUGAUUUUUGGCCCCCUCCAGCCUCCAAAUGGAUAGACAGAUGUCACUCGUGGCCCCCGUCUUAUAUUGUUGAUGACAUAGUCAGAAAUGGAUGCCACUUUGUAGCAAUAGGACACAAACUGGGAAAACAUGCAGAUAAAGAAUGGAGAAUUUCCUUCUCUUUGGCAGAACAAAAACUUGUAUAUUCAAUGAACCAUUGCCAAUUCUUAACCUAUGGGUUGCUUAAAUUGUUCUUAAAAGACUCUAUUAAUAAUGGACUAAGUGAUGAGGAUAAAUUACUGUGUUCCUAUCACAUGAAGACAGCAGUUUUCUGGGCGAUUCAACAAAACACAAUACAUCAUUGGCAUCCACAAAAUCUCCUGCAGUGUUUCUGGGUCUGUUUUAAACUUAUCCUUAAAUGGGUGUAUGAGGGGAUAUGUCCAAACUUCUUUAUUCCAGAAAACAACAUGUUUCUGAGUAAUAUCCAUGGUGAAGCACAAAAGAAUUUAUUCAUUAGGCUUCAUAAAUUGUAUGAGAAGGGUAUAGUAUCACUUCUUUAUUGUCCAUCUAUCAGGUCUAGCAUUACAAGUGUCCUUAUAAAUCCCAGACAACCUGUUGAUACAGAUGAACACAUGCUGAUCUCCAAGGCUUCGUAUGCAGUAGAUCUACUUGAUGAGUUGUAUAAUAAUAUUCUACCAACACUAGACCUACACCGAUGUAUGAGGUUUUUAAAUGCUACAGAAAAAUUGAUAAUUUUACCCCUGACUCAGUACCAGGUUCUCAUGUUACAGAAACUUUCAGCCACUGUACUCCGGAACACUGCUUUUAUGUUAUACAACUUUUUAACUGUUAUUGUACAACUUAGAGUAAAUACUAGCUCAGCUGUAAACAAACAGGUAUAUUUGGUAAACAAAACAUCCAGUUAUAUGCUGAAAUUAGCAGCCAAGUUUGGGUGUAUUUCUGACAUGUUAUAUAUUGCAAUGUUUUACUACAAGACAUUUAGAUAUAAAGAAGCCCUAUCAAUUAUAGAGAUGACAAAGGUCAAGUUAGCAGAGCCAUACGUAAUGUAUGUCGACCAUUCAGAAAUAGAUGCAGAGGGUAACAUGUUUCAUGAGUCUUUAUGGGGACAAUCCUGGUCUACAAAGAUGAGACAUGCUGUGGCAUAUGAUAUUGUUCUUGAAAAUGCAAUCUUUUACAUCAAUGAAUUAGCCCCAGAACAACAGUCUGGAUUACAGUGUAGAUACACUCUAUUACCUAUCCCACUCUAUGUUUUCAUACACAUGUUAGAGAUCUUGUGUUACAGACAUGUAGACCCAAUGAGAGCACAAACAGCUGUAGAUGAUCUACAGAACCUGGUCCACCAUGAUCAGGGGAAGUAUGUACAUGUAUAUCAAAGAGACAUAUCUUGGAAUAUUCUAGGGAUCUGUCAACAGAUAACAGGGAACCAGCAAGUUGCACUUUACUCCUACCAACAAUCUCUCGAACAAGAAAUAGAUCACAACAUACAACAUGCUACAUUGAUGAGAAUACAGGAAAUCAUGGGACUUAUGCACAGAGCCCAUCAAUAA